UGCCCACAACAAAUGAUUCUCUGUCCCUGAGCAACAAGGCUCAGUGAAAGGAAACUGGACAGCUAUCGCGAAGGGAAAGCUCCAGCAGAAUACUAUUAACAUCCAUAAGACAGAAAGAUGGCCAACCUUUGCUCAAACCUGGUUUUGUAUCGAAAAAUGUUUCUGAUGGCCAUUGUUCUAGGCUUGGGCGGAACCUUCUUUUUCGGAUUCCAAGUCUCUAUGAUCAAUUUUACUUCACCGUUCGUCAAGAAGUUCAUCAACGAUACCUGGCUGGAGAGAUACAACACUCCCAUUGAUGACCAGAGCCUCAUGCUCCUAUGGUCAUUCACUGUGUCUAUCUUCAGCAUUGGAGGACUGACGGGAACCUGCCUCUCAGGGUAUCUGUCUGCAAAAUGUGGGAAAAAGAACUGCAUAAUAUUUAGCAGCCUCUUCAUGUUAGUAGCUGCAGUGAUCAUGGGAACCAGCAAAAUAGCAAACUCCUUCGAAAUGAUUCUCCUUGGGCGACUCCUGUAUGGUUUUAAUGCAGGUUUGGGCGUCUGUAUCCAAGGUCAGUACCUAGCAGAAAUUUCUCCUAAGCACCUUCGUGGCUUGACCAAUGUCACUAUUGCAGUUCUAGCAAACCUGGGGAAAUUUCUUGGGCAAUUGACGGGACUCCAUGAACUUUUAGGAACAGAGUCCCUGUGGCCUCUCCUGUUGGCCAGCGGCGGAUUCCUAGCGCUGCUGCUGCUGAUCACAGCCCCGUUCUUCCCUGAAUCUCCGUCGUAUCUUUUAAUCCAGAAGGGAGAUUUGGAAGGCUGCUUGAAAUCUCUGAAACAGCUCUGGGGUGAAGGGGACCACAGAGCAGAGGUGGGUGAUCUGUUGAAGGAGCAGGCAGCCACAAAAGAAGCAAAAAUUAUGAGUGUCUUGGAGCUCUUCAGAGAUCGUUCCAUGCGAUGCCAGGUAUACCUGUUGAUCAUGGUGGCAAGUACACUACCAUUCAGUGGAGUAAGUGCCAUCUACUUCUACUCUUUUGAUGUGUUCCGUACAGCCGGGUUUAAUGAAGAACUCAGCCCCUACGUCACUCUAGGGGUCGGGGCCUGUGAGCUCUGCUCAACCAUUGUGUGCUUCUUCAUCAUUGAGCGUGCGGGCAGACGGACACUGCUGCUGUGGGGAUACGGCCUGAUGAUAGUGGCCUUGGCACUCCUCACAACUACUCUCUCGCUGCAAGACAGAACCUUCUGGCUACCAUAUUGCAAUGUUGCUCUCAUCUUCCUCUACAUUGUUAUCUAUGGUGUGGGGCCUUCGGGGACAACAUUCCCCGUCAUAGCAGAACUCUUCACACAGUCAUCCAGACCAGCUGCAUUGGUCAUUGGCACAACGCUGCAUUGGGUGGAAUUGUACUUGAUCGGGAUGCUGUUCCCUUAUUUAGUGAGCCAUCUGGGCAACUUCUGCUUUAUUGUUUUCAUGGGCAUCAUGACAAUCUCAUGGGUUUUCAUCUUCCGGUUCCUUCCAGAGACAAAAGGCAUGUCGCUCAUGGACAUCCAGAUGGAAUUCAAUCAUUUAAAAAUGGGAAAGAAUCAGCCUGAAUAUCUUGAAAAGUGUACAAAACUCUAGAAGGUCAGAAGGAUGGGGCUUGCUGUUCUGACAGAAUGGAAUGUAGCAACUGGGGUGGAUAGCAGAAUUCAACAGGUCCAUUGCUUCAAAAGACUCUGCUUAAAUCAGGGUUUCAUUGAAGAAUAAUGUGGUACAGCCCUCUUCAGAAUGUAAAAUUCAAAAGCAGGUAGGGCAAUUUCAGGCUUGAAUACACACACAGUAUUAAGCCCUUUUAAAGGCUGAUACAGGGAGAAAACCCUAGAUUUGUUCUGUGAGUAUAAUGAAAGAUAGCCAUUGCUGGUUCUGCAAAGAAAAUGGAGGGAGCUAGCACCACAUUUGAAAGAAAUGUCUCGAAACAAAGCAUUUGGAGCAUUGUGACUGAAGUGAGAAAUCAACCUUUUCAGCUUCUAGUAAUAAUGAACUCAUUAACAUACUUACUUAUGUGAGGUAUAUUAAAUCAAAUAUAGAUAACAUAUGCUCAGGAUUUUCUCAUAAACAUGUUGUGCUAUGAAACAGUCUAGAAAUUGGUUAAUAAAUAAAUAAAGAUACCAUGGAUACUAUAUGCUAAACACCAGGAAGACAACAGAGUUGAUUAGGAAAGUAUGGAGCCGGUGGGGAGAUAGUAAAACUGACAAAUGAAAUUGCAGGAAGAAUAUAAGGAUUAUUUCAGCUGGGAGCAGCUGUUAACUUGGGACCAGUUUACCUGCAAGAUCAUGCCCAUUUGACCACUUCCAUCUGUGGAAGUAGCACUGUUACAGCUGCCACAUAAUACUCAUUCCAUAUCUGUAGGAAAUUGAUCUUUUAGUGUAGCAGCACCUACACUUUGGAACUCUCUGCCUAUUGACAUCUGCUGCAUACUUUUCGGCACCUGCUUAAAACCUUUUCGUUUAGGCAAGCUUAUCCAAACAUGUAAAGAUGCUGCUAUGUUUCAAUCUUUUUAACUGUUAAUUUUAAUUAUCUUUAAAUGUUUUUUAAUUGUUUGCAACUGUUUUUUAUUGGUCAUUUUAAUAUUUCUUGUAAAAUGCCAAGAGGAUCAAGCCAUGUAUAAAUGUUGUUAAAUAAAAUAAAUUUCCAGAUCCCUCAAAGAAACAAGGCUUCUCACGAAGAGGAGAAAAGAAUGGCUCCCACAAAAUGGAAAGCUUUCCUCCUUUUGGUCAUUCUCUUCAACAUCCUUGGUAAAGCAGAGAAGCUGGUCCCCAAUAGUUUAAGCAGCUGUCUCAAGCCAUCCAACUGAUGAAGGUUCAAUUUCAAUGUCAGAAUUCUAUGUUGUACAGGAUUUGGCGGUUAUUUUAGGCCUCUUGUCUCAGUUACUCAUAACAAAGCAACUCCACUGUGGUUCAAGUUGUAUUAUGAAGGGAGGUUGGUAUACAGAGAGAGAGAGAGAGAGAGAGAGAGAGAGAGAGAGAGAGAGAGAGAGAGAGAGAGAGAGAGAGAGACUAAGGAAGCAGCUUUUGGAAUUACAGUAGUCAACCAAACAGCAAAUGGAAAGUUGCAGGGGCCGACCCCCAAUUGUAAUCCGGUUAUUCAGGCUUGCUUGUAACUAGAAACCUUGAAUAUGGUUCAUUUUUGCAAGAUUACAGCUUGUCGAAUAAGCAAGAGAUUGAGGAUCUGUGUCCAAGGCAAAGUCCACACUGACCAUGACUCAAGCAGUCCAAUACGUUAAUAUCAAAUUACUGUACCCACAGAGGGUUUGUACUUCAGCUGUAAUUCAUUGUUUAAGAAGUGGGGCCUGCACUAAAAUACUGUAUCAGCAUGUUCCCUAUUCAGAUGGAAGGGCUUUCCCUCACCAGUGUUUCUUCCGGAUUACUUUUUGUACUUUCUGAAUUUUUUCUAUUACAGGCAUCCCCAACCUGCAGCCCUCCAGAUGUUUUGGCCUGCAACUCCCAUGAUCCCUAGUUAAUAGGACCAGUGGUCAGGGAUAAUUGGGAUUGUAGUCCAAAGCAUCUGGAGGGACGAAGGUUGGAGAUGCCUGUUCUAUUACUUCAGGUUUCUCCAAACCUCUUGUGCAUAGUUUUUGGCUAUAUGAGGCCCUAGAGGGUGACCUUAGCUUCUUGAUUUUAUUUGUAAUUAGUACACAACGCAAAAAAAAAGUCAAUCAUGUUAAUGCCCCCCGCCCAGCACACCAUUAGUAUUUGACUAGAAAUAUUUGAGGAGAAAAAUUUAAGCACAUUUAAUGUGGUUUAAAUGUUAUAUUAUGUAGAAUUUUGUAUUAGAAUACAUGUAAAAAUUUGAAGAGGAUAGUAUGUGCUUUCCUUACAUUAUUAAAAUCAAUUUGGCAUCCAUUCAUUUGUACUUAUGAAACAGAACAUUUUCUACAGAUAACAAAGCUCAGGGGGGGGGAAUCUGCCUCACAUCACAGCCUCCCAAUGCCACAAUUUCUUUUUUUAAAAAACUUCAGGUUUUUAUUAUUUCUAAUUUGAGCCUCAUUCAGGGUUGGGCAUUUGACCUUUCAAAAAGGGGCUGGUCAACUAACUGAUCAAACAUAGACAAAUAUUAGUCAAGUAUUUUAAAGCAUUUUGGAACCAAAGACAUAUACUUUUAUUCAACGCUAUAUGAGAGUAAUUUUAAUUGAUUUUAUUCACUAUGAUUUUUAUC